CGUGCGAGAUCAAUUUAAACGAUUUUAUAUUUUAAACAAAAAGCAAUACUUUUCGUACACCUACAAAAAUAACCACAUUUGUGUAUGCGCGCAAAAACAAAAAUAGUCAUCUACGAUCCACAUCCUCCACCCCACACAGAACGAGAGCACGUAGAUCACCCAGCGACCCACAUCGUUGUUUAUUAACCGGAUAGUCCGCGGCACUGCGUCUGCAUUGCGCUUGUCCCUCAUCCUCCGUUGUAAAAGAGUGAAAAGUCAGCUGCCAAGAGUGAAGUGAUACCAAAUUAUCUAAUCAUCUGCUGCGUAAGAACAGGACAUCCCCGGUCCAAUUGUGGCUGUGAUCGGAUAUCGAAAUGCGAAAAUACCAACAGCUUGCUCUGGUCCUCAUCUCUAUCAGCUGCGUUGCCAUUCUGCUGGUGUACAAAAGUGAAAACAAUCGACUGAAGUAUGUACUCGAGGUGGUGAACAUCUUCGGACGGAGUGAUACCGCUUCGUUGAUCCGGAUCGACAACAGCAGCCGAUACCAUGCCGUGCCAUAUGAUUUCGAUAGCCCGUUGCCCGUUUGGCAGAGGGUAGGCGGAGAUGUGUAUGUUUAUUCUGCGUAUUGGCAAAAGAACGACCUAGAAGCCGGCGGGACGGUCGUGAGCUUGGCUGUGGGGUUGGAACAGGCCGUAGUGAACUUCAAGUGCCAAGUGCAGCACGGCGGCAAGGAUGUGGUACCGGGAAAGUUCCUUUUCAUCCGAUUAGACAAUCCUACCGGAUCGGUCGCAACGCCUAAUGGGGAGGUGUCAGUGAUCUAUAAGUUCCUCUGCAAGGUGAAGAGGGAUUUCGGACAUCCGACGGAGGUAGUUUUUACCGAUGCGGUUCAUACCAUAAAAAGGUACAUCCCAUUACGAGUGAUUGAAAGCAAAUCAAUUCCCCAAAAGAUGACUAUGACUGCCUGCGUUGAUUUGAACAACUAUUUGGAAUUGGAUGAGGAAUUCCGCAAACCUUCUGCCGUGCUGCAAUACUUCCUGCACCAUCAAAUCGUUGGCGUGGAUGAUUUCAUCGUAUACAACAGUAAUGCACUGGAUUCACUAACCACCGCUACUCUUUACAACCACGGAAUCAAGGUUAACCUGCUGCCGUACAAUUUUCCUUUCGAUCUCACCAACAAACACCAGAACCGCCAAAUUAUUGAGCUGGACUGCCUGAUGCGUAACUUCAACGCGGCUAGAUAUACAUUUGUCGGUGCCAUAAACGAGUUCAUGUACCCGAACUCGAGACUUCGCAGCAGUAAUCAAUUCCUGAAGUACGCAAACAAAGCGUCGAGUGAUGUUACCCAAUUUUCAAUUACAUCCAGAACGAUUUGCAUCGACGACAGGAAAAAAAUAUUCUCAGAUAAUCUGCUAUAUGACGUGGAGGCUCGUAGCAAAAAGCCAUUCUACAUUUACCGACCACAAGACUACAAUCGAUCCGGUUCUUUGGAAACCGUCAAAUCUCUAAGCAUCGACGGUAAUACGAUGUUCGUGCACAGGUACGUUGAGAAGUGCGUUAGCAAAUCAGAUCUCUACGAUUGGUCAACUAUUUUGAACAGUGACUUCCUGCAAUAUGUGAACGAAGUAGGAAAAGAAUUGAACAAACUAAUUUUCCGAUAAAGCGACAUGAUCUCAACUUUGUCUGACAGGAACCUCUCGCAUAGCAAUACUUUCUACUUAGAUGUUAAUGUUCUACAAUAAGUAUUCAAUUUUCAUUGCUCUCACGCUCAAAUUUCUCAGUUUCGCGAAAUAUGAAAGGCAAACUAAAAUAAAACUGGCAUAAUAAUCAAAAUACGAGGCGAAUUAUACUAAGAGUUUAUGAUCGAAAUUUGAUUCGCACAAAAGCUUAACGAAUGGAAUAUCCAAAGCUACGCAGUUUGUGGAUAUUUUUUGGGAAAAAAUACGAAAGCACAGGUAUGCACAACGAGCAUUUGUCUAGUGAUUCCCCUAAAACACGAAAUGCUACUUUAAAUGUGAAUAUUUAUUCAAACUGGCCUAUCAGAACAUAAAAUCCAAUAUCACAAAACUGACCGUCUGUAAGCGCAUAUAUAAAUUGGAACAGCAAGUUGAAAUAACGCAAAUACUCAGAACAACGUAGCGUAAAUUGGAUCAACGAUUUUAAAACUUGUAGUUUUUCGACAAUUUUGAUAAGAAUAGUUACAAGAAGAUGCAUUAUAAAAUAUGAUUUUUAACAAUACAACCUUGAAUUCAAUAAAAAAAAAUACACCUUCAAAUUCUCUAACCAAUAAUAUUAUCAAUAAAAAUCUAUUUCGAUA